GGAGAGAACGCAUGCGCGUUGCCUAGGCCGACUGCGUGGCGUCCCAUGUAAAUAAAAAUGGUAGCUGUGUGGGGGAGGGGUGGUAAAAUAGCACGUUAAAGGGGGGGGGGAGGUGUGACCACCCCCACCCUUAGAGGCGGGGUUGAGAGAUACAAGUGUGGGGGGGCAGCAUGCGAGCUGCACUCACUUGGAAGGAUAAAGCUGAUCAAUGCAUUUAUGACCUUGCAUUUAAACCUGAUGGAACUCAACUGAUAAUUGCAGCAGGAAACAGAUUACUGGUGUAUGAUACAGAUGGAACGUUAAUCCAGCCCCUUAAGGGACAUAAGGAGACAGUAUAUUGUGUGGCUUAUGCAAAGGAUGGGAAGCGUUUUGCUUCGGGGUCUGCAGACAAAACUGUAAUCAUCUGGACAUCAAAGUUGGAAGGCAUCCUGAAAUACACGCACAAUGAUUCCAUACAAUGUGUUUCAUAUAACCCGGUUACACACCAGCUGGCAUCUUGCUCCUCCAGUGAUUUUGGUCUGUGGUCUCCAGAGCAGAAAUCAGUUUCCAAACAUAAAGCAAGUAGUAAGAUCACCUGUUGUAGUUGGACAAAUGAUGGACAGUACCUUGCUUUGGGGAUGUUCAAUGGCGUUGUUAGUAUAAGAAAUAAAAAUGGUGAAGAGAAAGUCAAAAUUGAGCGACCAGGUGGCUCUUUAUCUCCAGUAUGGUCUAUUUGCUGGAAUCCAUCAAGUCGGUGGGAGAAUCUCUGGACUGCUAGAGAAAACGAAGAAGAGGAGGAAGCUGUUCAUAACUGCUUAGAGGAGAUACCAGUUCUGAAGUCCGUCACGUGCAGUAGUCAGGGUAGUGAGGCAGAAGAAGAAGAGCAUGAGGAAGAAGAGAGCCCUAGGGAUGCCUGCUCAGAUGAACACAAUGACAUCUUAGCUGUGGCAGAUUGGGGACAAAGGCUUUCCUUUUAUCAGCUCAGUGGCAAACAAAUUGGAAAGGACAGAGUUCUGAACUUCGAUCCAUGCUGUGUUAGCUAUUUCUCAAAAGGAGAAUACAUCUUACUUGGCGGCUCAGACAAACAAGUAUCUCUGUAUACUAAGGAUGGGGUACGCCUUGGCACCAUAGGAGAACAAAGCAGCUGGGUGUGGACAUGCAAAGCUAAGCCAGAUUCCAAUUAUGUGGCAGUGGGAAGCCAAGAUGGGACUAUUUCAUUUUAUCAGCUGAUUUUCAGCACAGUCCAUGGCCUAUACAAGGAUCGCUAUGCUUUCAGGGACAGCAUGACUGAUGUUAUUGUCCAGCACUUGAUCACUGAGCAAAAAGUUAGAAUAAAAUGCAGAGAGCUUGUAAAGAAAAUUGCGAUCUACAAAAACAGAUUAGCAAUCCAGUUGCCAGAGAAAAUCCAGAUUUAUGAGCUAUAUUCUGAUGAUUCCUCAGACAUGUGUUACCGUGUGAAGGAAAAGAUAAUGAAAAAGUUUGAAUGUAAUUUAUUGGUUGUAUGCUCGGAUCAUAUUAUCUUAUGCCAGGAGAAAAGACUACAGUGCCUUUCAUUCAGUGGAGUUAAAGAGAGAGAAUGGCUAAUGGAGUCACUCAUUCGUUACAUAAAAGUCAUUGGUGGACCUCCUGGCAGAGAAGGACUUCUAGUGGGUUUAAAGAAUGGCCAGAUCCUGAAGAUAUUUGUGGACAACCCUUUUGUGAUUGUGUUGCUGAAGCAGUCCUCAGCUGUGCGCUGCUUGGAUAUGAGUGCAUCUCGGAACAAGCUGGCAGUGGUUGAUGAAAACGACACCUGUCUCGUGUAUGAUAUCAACACCAAAGAGUUGCUUUUCCAGGAACCCAAUGCUAAUAGUGUGGCUUGGAACACACAGUGUGAGGAUAUGCUUUGCUUCUCUGGAGGUGGAUAUCUCAACAUCAAAGCGAGCAGCUUUCCGGUCCAUCAGCAAAAACUUCAGGGCUUUGUGGUGGGAUACAACGGUUCCAAAAUUUUCUGUCUCCAUGUUUUUUCCAUGACUGCUGUUGAAGUUCCACAGUCUGCACCCAUGUAUCAAUACUUGGAAAGAAAAAUGUUCAAAGAAGCCUAUCAGAUCGCUUGUUUAGGUGUAACAGAUGCAGACUGGAAAGAACUGGCUAUGGAAGCUUUAGAAGGACUUGAGUUCGAAACAGCAAAGAAGGCAUUCACCAGAGUGAGAGAUCUUCGGUAUCUUGAACUGAUCAGCAACAUUGAGGAGAGGAAGAAGCGUGGGGAGAACAACAAUGACCUGUUUCUAGCAGAUGUUUAUGCAUACCAGGGAAAGUUCCACGAAGCAGCCAAACUGUACAGAAGAAGUGGCCAUGAGAACCUAGCUCUUGAUAUGUACUCCGACUUGCGAAUGUUUGACUAUGCAAAGGAUUUCCUUGGCUCUGGAGACCCCAAAGAUACAAGGAUGCUAAUCACCAAACAAGCAGACUGGGCCAAAAACAUCAAUGAACCCAAAGCAGCUGUGGAGAUGUACAUCACUGCAGGGGAGCACCUGAAGGCCAUAGAAAUCAGCGGUGAUCAUGGCUGGGUUGAUGUGUUAAUCGAUAUUGCCCGGAAGUUAGAUAAAGCAGAGCGUGAGCCAUUGACAAAAUGCGCCUACUAUUUCAAAAAGUUACUCAACCAUGGCUAUGCUGCGGAAACCUACAUGAAGAUUGGUGACCUGAAGGCCUUGAUACAGCUCCAUGUGGAGACACAGCAGUGGGAUGAGGCUUUCGCAUUGUGUGAAAAGCAUCUUGAAUUUAAGGAUGAUGUUUAUGUUCCAUAUGCUCAGUGGCUGGCAGAGAAUGAUAGGUUUGAAGAGGCCCAAAAAGCAUUCCAUAAGGCUGGCAGGCAGACCGAAGCUGUAAAAGUGUUGGAACAAUUAACUCACAAUGCUGUGGUAGAGAGCCGAUUCAAUGAUGCAGCAUAUUAUUACUGGAUGCUGUCCAUGCAGUGUUUAGAUAUAGCUCAAGAGGAUGAGCAGCAGAAGACUGAAAUGUUGCAGAAAUUUCACCACUUCCAGCACUUGGCAGAACUUUAUCAUGUCUAUCACUCCAUCCACAGAUACACUGAAGAACCCUUUAGUUUCCAUUUGCCUGAAACGCUCUUCAAUAUUUCUAGGUUUUUACUUCAUAGCUUGACUAAGGAAACUCCUCCAGGGAUCUCUAAAGUCAAUACAUUAUUUGCCCUUGCAAAGCAGAGCAAAGCUCUGGGCGCCUAUAAAUUGGCUCGUCACGCCUAUGACAAGUUGCAGGGACUGCAGAUCCCAGCUAGAUUUCAAAAAUCAAUUGAAUUGGGAAGUCUGACAAUCCGAUCCAAGCCUUUCCAUGACAGUGAAGAGCUUGUGCCUUUGUGUUAUCGCUGUUCUACCAACAACCCUUUGCUGAACAACCUGGGGAAUGUCUGCAUUAAUUGUAGACAACCUUUUGUCUUCUCAGCAUCCUCUUAUGAAGUCUUGCACCUAGUUGAGUUCUUUUUGGAGGAAGGGAUCACUGAUGAAGAAGCUGUUGCUCUGAUUGAUCUGGAAGUACCAAGACUAAACAGAAGUGAUGAUAAAUGGCAAGAGAAGACAAGUGACAAUGCUCAGACAAUGAGGCUUGUUUAUGAAGCAGAUGAGAUUGAAGAAGAUGAUCCGUUUACAGCAAAACUGAGUUUUGAGCAAGGGGGCUCAGAAUUUGUUCCUGUGAUAGUGAACUGUGCGGUUCUGAGGUCAAUGAGCAGGAGAGAUGUGUUGAUUAAACGCUGGCCGAAGCCACUGCGGUGGCAGUACUUCCGGUCACUGUUACCCGAGGCCUCCAUUACUAUGUGUCCUUCCUGCUUUCAGAUGUUUCAUUCAGAAGAUUAUGAGGUUGUGGUGCUCCAGCAUAACUGUUGUCCAUAUUGUCGGAGGAAGAUAGAUGAAUCCUGCCAAUGAGUGAGACCAGCCCCUCGGCCAGGGCCUGCUGCUGUCAGGCUCCAAAGCGGGUUUUUGAGGGUUGUCAGGCUUUCUUAACAGCCUGUUCCUUUGUGUUAUAGGAGAGAUUCUUAUUUUCCUAUCUUUUGUGUAUUGAAUCAAUAACUGAAGAGAAUAAAUUAUCCAAAGCCACAUUUUGUGUUACUCUCAAAGAAAACAUGUACAUAAAUUAUAUAUAUAUGUAAGUAUAACAAGUGUAAUUGCAGACUUUGUAUGACUGCUGUAUGAUUAGCGUGACUGUGAAGUUAAAUAGAAAAGAUCUUGUACAUGAAGCUAAGGGGGGGGAGACCUGCUGUGCUCUUGACAUUUUCCUGACAGCCUGUCACUUUAUCACAGAACGAAUAAUAGCCUUUUAGGGUGAGACUCUGCCUAGAGAAAACUUGCUGGUGUUGCACCUGCUAGCAUUCAUUCUGAGUCCCCAGACCUCCUUUGCAAUAUUUCUAAGAAAAUGCACUGAUUUUUUUUUUAAAGCCACACACACUUUUUGUUUUUCUUUGAAUAUAUGUUUUAGACCUCUUUUGGAACUGCAGUUGUGCAAAAACAGGUACUGUUAUUUAAACUAAAAUAAUAAAGGAUACUUCCUAAA